AUGAAAUUUGCAUUGGUAAUACUUUACACCAUCUCUUUUGUUUGCGAAGGUGCUAUUUCAGUAAAUUCCACAUUUGAAAAGGGCAUUCGAAAGUUCUACAAUACGGCUGACCAUAGCCAAGGUUUUCCCAUUUGUGGAAAUUGUACAAACAUAAAAAACGUGCAUAUAAGUACAGGAUUUACGUGCCACUUCGAAGAUGAAAGACAGGUGGAAAAUAAGUUUGGCGAGACAGAUGAUAAAUAUGCGCCUUGUGUGCCAAAGGAUUACGUUAUCAAUGGGGAAGUUAAAAACUAUUGCUGCUUUUGGUCGCCGACAUCGGGAUGUUCAGCUCUCAUCGGAAGGCUUCUGUUCGAUAAAAGCUCCGAUUAUUGCGAUACUUGCAAAGGAUCUUGUUCCGGAUUGAAAUAUUCCGACGACUCAGUCGGAAGCAAUAGGAUUCCGGAAUAUGGAUUCAUAAUGGCACUGUUGUUUUGUGAACUGUGGAUUUGAUAGGAUAGGGAUCACUACAAUCAUACUCAAAUAUUGUGCCAAAAAAGAACUUAAAAAUAAAUCAAUUUCUUUUAGUAAUUUGGAAACCAAAAAAUCGCUUCAAAUCAUACUAAUAUGAAUUUAAAAAAUUGCCAAGCAUGUUAGGCGAAGAUCAAAUUGUCAAAUGAACGGAAACAGACAUUUUUUUUAAAUAAUUGACUCUGUUUAUUAUAUAAAUUAUGAAAUG